GCAUGGCUGUUCGAAUAUUCCAACUUAAACCCCACAUGUCUUUGCUGUUUAUUCCAUAACCUCCUCUAAAGAGUUCUGUCACAGGAAUGUCAUAUGAGUCUCGUUGAUUAAUCAGUAUCAAAGAUGAUGGAAAAAGAACAGUUUGACUCCUUUUUAGGGGGGUCUCAAGACCUACCAGCAGAAGUUUCCAUCUUUAAAUUAGCUUCGUCGAGAGCAACAGAAAUAGCAGCCAUGGGCUAUUCGAUAGAUAACCCUCAACAGACUAAGCUGAUCUUUCAAAAGUUGCCCAUACACAUGCGUCGACGUGUUAUGUCUCACAACGCAAAAAGGAUGCCCCGUAGAUUGCAGGAGAGUCAUAUUCGCCAGAUGUCCAAAUCGGGUCUACCUCCAAAAAACAAACGCCCCUCAAGAAAGCAUAGGAGAAGGCCCAAAAACCUUUUGGCAGCUUACAAACGCAGACAAUCGGAAUACACGUGGAUGGAGACUCACAUUUGGCAUGCAAAAAGGUUUCACAUGAUCAAGAAAUGGGGCUACAAGAUACCCGAUCACUCCAACAACCGUUGCUUCAGAUCCAGCUAUCGAGCGGUUGCAAAGCAUUGUCUGAUACAAGACAUUUCUUACUAUUCAUGCCUAGAAAUUACCGGGCCAUUCAAUUCACUCACUGAGAGAUUAAGUGCCCACUGUGAUCCCACUAGGCUAAGUUUUUCUGCUCGUUCUUAUUCCCAAGGGACCAGAGAAGGAAGUUUAAUGUUUUUUGAAAAAAAUGGGUACCCAAAAUCUCCAAUUGGUACGGUGCAGUUUGUUUGGAGACCAAGCGAGAGGCAUGGGAUAGAAAAUGAGGAUAGGACAAUAUGGAUCUGGUCCCAUCCCUCAUUCUAUCAACAUCUUCUGCAGCAACUUUGUGACAGCUUCGGUUUCAGAGUAGAUCAUCCUUUAGACAAAGACAAAAAUGGAGACGAUUAUGUCCCGCAAUAUACGGGCGUUCAUAAUUGUAGACUGAUAUUACUUCGGGAUCAAUUAAUCAGAUUCAGACUAACCGGGCCCCUGAGUCUUGCAGUGCUCACAGAUUCUUUACGCCUGCCGGAACUUGGGGGCAUUGUUGAGGAUACAAAAAAAGGCGCAAAGCGAGAUAAAGAAAGCUCCGACCCGGAUAGCGAUGUGGAAAUUAUUGGUCUGACGAGACAGGUAUCAGAUGUUGAGGUAAUGGACGUGGAAGAAAUUGAGAAGGAUACACUUGCCGAAGAAUCAUGGAAUGUCAACUAUUAUAGAUCACUGGAAAACUUCCAAUCAUUUAAGGUUCAGAAAGAGGUUUUCGAAAUUCUCAAGAACCUCAAGUCGCCAAGUCAACUUCCUCCAGGUAUAAUUAUGGCCUUCACAGUAUUGGAUCCGAGAUUUUUUCACCCGAGACAGAGAACUAAGUCUCAGACGAACGCAAUUCCUUUUGAGACAAUGCCUGCACCUCCUACAUUGGCGAAUUUCAGUCCAAUCUGGGAAUCUGGUAUCAGAAAGUCAAUACUCAAGAAUUUUAAACCCACGAGUGAAAUCAAUAAAUUAAGGAGUGAGGCUCUAGUGCCAGGAGUUGGGAACGACGAUCAAUAUGACCAGGAGGCAAUCGAUAAGGUGCCUAUCCUAUUAAUACAGAGACCCGGAUGCAGCCGUAAGGAUAAAGGCAUCGGUUUUAGCUCUGGGAUCGAUGUGGUUUUGCCUUCGGGGUGGGCAGUCCCAUUUUGGAUAUCAUUUAUACUACGAUGUACUAAGCCUGGGGGUUUAAGGGAGCUGAAGUCUAUUAUUUUUGAAAAUCUGAGUCUAAAUUCACCAGAUUUUAAUCCGCCGGACAGUCUAGCAUAUUCAGAGGAAGCUGCAGGCACGAAAUAUAGCCUGCUAGAAAAGUAUUUUAGGUACCCACCAAACAGAAGAGUCAACUACGUGAAAUUAGGUAUUUCUAGUCCCUUUGUAUGCGAGUGGAAUUUACUUGUUAAAGAAUGGACAGGCUUGGACGGUUUCCAUGUUCUUCGAGAUCAGAAACUAUUGAAUUACUUGAACAAGAACCUGGAGUCUUUACAUAAUGUUAACCGCGGUCGAAAAAUCAGAAAAAUCAACAACGAAAACAAUCAACUUAAUUUCGACAGAUCUAUUUUUCCCGUUACAAAUUGUCUGGUUUGUGUGAAAAUUUCCAUGCAAGGAAGAGGCUGCCCCAGAGAUUUUGCCGUGGUCUGUUUACCCGUGCGAGAAGAUCUAGAGAAAUUGAAUGAAAAUGAAAAUUGGGCAGGUCCUGUAGAAAAAAUAAGACCGGAUCCAAACGAAUCUACUAGAAAAAAAUUGAAGAGGGGUCAUCUGGCACUGCUCAGACGUUUGAGAAGGCAGAGACUUAGGCAGCACAAGAAGACAUCGAAUGUUGGAUUGAAUAAAAUCAAUCAAGGAGACGCAGUAGCCAAAGCUCUGGUAAACCAAAAUCUUAAAAAAAAGGCUCUGAGCGUGGUGGAAAAACAGGCUGAAAUAAUGAAGAACCUUUACCUCCCAAAAUGUAAGACUGUCCGGCAUUCCUGUGAUAGAGAAGUGAUGGGGUACGUUGUUAAAGGUGACUUCAGUUUCACGGAGUCAAAGGGCAUUGGGCUCGCUUAUAUUUGUCUGACCUCUAUUUUCGAUCUUGUCGAUACAAACAGCAGUGUUGUUCUCAUCAGAAACACAAAAACUAGGCAAUACAGAUCGGCCAGAAUCAGCAUACUUUCAUGAAUGAUAAACGAAUAGCAGAGAUAUAAAUGAGAAGCUACAUCUACAAGUGAAGGUUUGAAAAAUCGCCUAUAAUUAGUUGAUUAUUUUAUUUUUCUAAAUCGGUUACGCUUAAGGCUAUUAAGCUAAUUAUUAUUAUUAUCCGAUUAAUAAUAUACUUGCAUUUGCCUUAUAAUUGUGAUAAUAUAGUGCGGUUUUUUAAAAUAUAUUUGGUGCAAAGAACGAUAACAUUCUAAUAAAAUGAAAAUAUUCAUUGUUCCGAGGCAUAUCUCACUCGUUUUUUUCUCCUUCCUUUGUACACAUGCUUCUUACAGAUUUAUUAAC